GCCGGUUUCAAACUUUGUCCAAGCACUAACGGGCCUUUGCGCUCUCUCCUUCACAUAUGGCGUCGCAAGGUAUCAGCUGUUGGCGCCAUUCAAAUCUUGUGGAUCAGUAGGAUGACGAAAGGGCAACGAUCAGUUCUCCCGACGAAAACCACACCUCAUAGCCAAUUCUGA